ACUAAAAGCCACAUAGUUAGAAUUUAACUUCUGUUAAAUCUGUUAACUUCUUAUAAUCUAAGCACAGAAAACCUGUAUCUCAUCUGACAGACUUGACAAGGGCUCUCAGAGCAGGCAGGGUUUCAAGGGGAAAUGGCUGGUUUCCUCUCAGACCUGGUUCAGUACCGGAAGCUAUUUCUAAUGAUUAUGGUGCUAGGAAUUGGUGGAACCCACCUAUCUGGUUUUCAAAUGUCUGUGAUCAAUUAUGCUUCUCCGUACAUUCAGAAGUUUAUCAACGAAACCUGGCUGGAGCGAUACGGUUCUGUGCUGCAUCAGGAGACACUCACAUUAUUGUGGUCCUUCAUUGUGUCUAUGUACUGUGUAGGUGGAAUGAUAGGGUGUCUGUGUAGUGGGUACCUGACUGCAAAAUAUGGAAAGAAGAAAUGUCUGCUGUUCAACGAUGUGGUCCUAAUAGUAGCCACGCUGCACACUGGCUUCAGUAGGAGAGCCAAAUCCUUUGAGAUGAUCCUGAUUGGGCGCUUCCUUGAGGGCAUCGGUGCUGGAAUACAUAUGAAUGCCCAUGUUCAGUAUGCUGGAGAAAUAUCACCUAAGAAGUUGCGUGGAUUUGUAAACGUGACCUCCUCUGUGUUCCUUGCACUGGGAAAAACUGUAGCAAGGAUUCUUGGAUUACGAGAUCUUUUAGGAACUGAAGACACAUGGAAUGUGCUAUUGUCCUUCUCUGGGUUUGUCGCAUUGAUUCAACUGCUCUUUUUGCCAUUCUUUCCUGAGUCCCCUCCCUAUCUCUUGCUGCAAAAAGGAGACAAGGCUGGCUGCUUGAAAGCCAUGAAGCAGGUCUGGGGAGAAGGGAAUUAUCACACAGAUUUUGAUGACAUGAUGAAGGAAAAGACUGUAACAAAAGGCACUAAAAUCAUGAAUGUCCUAGAGGUGCUGAAGGAACCAUCGGUAUAUCCACAGCUGAGUACCAUGCUCCUCCUUUUACUGAGUCUACAGCUCUGUGGCCUGAGCGCAAUCACCUUUUACACCUCGGAAAUUUUUCAGACAGCCAGCCUGCAGGAAAGCAUAAUCCCAUAUGUAUCUCUAGGAGUUGCAAUCUCCGAGCUCAUCUCUAUCAUCUUGUGUAGCUCCAUUAUCGAUCGUUUUGGACGCAGGAUACUCCUGUGGGGUGGUUAUUUGCUGAUGGCACUGAUACUGGUGUUGCUUGAAACAAGCCUUCUACUGAGCGAUCAGUUCCUCUGGAUGCGUUACUGCAGUGUUAUUCUCAUUUUUUUAUUCAUCAUUGCCUAUGGAAUAGGACCAGCUGGAGCUGUCGCAUCUGUCAUGAAUGAAAUAUUCACCCUCUCGACACGGUCCUCCGCAUUCGUAAUUGGUGGAAUCGUCAUUUGGCUAGGCCUCACUUUCACUGGAAUGAUUUUCCCCUUUGCUGUUAUGCUUCUUGGUCCUUUUUGCUUCCUCAUCUUUACUGCUGUCCUGAUCAUUUCAGCGGUUCUCAUCUACCUGUUCCUCCCAGAAACAAAAGGGAAGUCAACCUCUGAAAUCACAGAGGAAUUCAAAACACACCAAUAUAAGAAGAAGUGUCAUCUGACUGUGGAGAAGAAUGCUACCAAAGAAAAGACAUUCUGCACCAAGCUCUGAUAGGCCACCAUAAGCAACUUCCACUGACAAAAAGCCCUGUCUCAAAAUCAAACUGAAAGCUAAACCUUAAUAUGUACUUUUCACAGUAAAAUGUAAUCCAAAAAGUAAUCCACAGAUAGCCUGUCAUUAAUCCAAGUACUCCUAUUUUAUAUUCAUCUUUGGUUUUCAUGGUGAGAGACAAAGGCUCCUUCCUAGAACAGCUCUGUAGCAGCAAGACAUUAGUAACUACAGACACUUUUCAUAACUGGCAAAUGGAAAACAUUUUCAGGCAUAAAACAUCAAUUACAUUUCAAGUCUUCCUCCUUUGCUAUAAUUUUAAGGAAGCAGGAUUUGUCCUCAUGUUUGCUACUUUGUAAGAAAGCUCUGCUCAGGAUUGAAAGCAGGAUGAAGAGAGGAUGAAACAUAAACAUAGUUCUUGCAAACAAUUUUCACGUCAUCACUUUGUGAUAUCACACUGUAAAGGACUUAGUAUUGAUCAUUAACACUGCACAUGAACAGAUACUCAAUUUUGUUCUAUUUUCUUGAGCUGACAUCAAGUAACUGUAUGUCCUGAUUGUCUCUAUAAUGACUGUCAGGGAUCAGCCCCCAUCCCUGGGCAAUUAGUACAGAAGAACUCUCACCUGCAUCCACUGGAGCAAACUGAAUGCACCCUCCGUACAUAUCAGUUGUAGAAAAAUCUGGAGCAAGUUUUUGUAGUGUAAGCAAUGCUCUCAGCCUUAUUCUGAGUACCUCAUGGGUGGCACAAGGGUUAAUAAGCAUACAGGCAGUGCUGAGAGCUAGAGGGCCAGAGCCUUGGAGUGAGACUUUGAGAAAGUACUGAGAGAGGAGACACUUUGACAAUCCAGCCCAUUUUAUAGAUAAUUAACUGCUCCAAAAAAAUGCAGAAGCUGUGAUAGCAAACAUCUGCUAGGUAUGUACUGGCCUAGGACACAUUACACUCUUACUAGUGCAGAUCAGCAUACAGUACUACACUUUAUCGCUGCUAUGCUCCACAGCACCCAUGUACUGCUGCUAUUCAAGAGUUGUUAAUCCUCCUGAACACUGCAACGUGUAAUUACUUCCCUCCCCAAAUUCUUUUACCUUUGUAUAGGACAGUCCAUUAUUAUUUUCUGUCACAGUUACAAAUGGUAUACCACGCCUCCUCUUUAGUAGGACCAUAAGUCCUGUGCUUCUGCAAUUUAACCAUUCACAUCAUUGACUAUGAUUGUGCUGGAGCACACUCAACAGUGUUGAGUUUUGGGGAGUUUUCUAUUUAAAAAUGUCAAAUCAUGUGCUUGCUACUUCUAAAGGAAUAGCCACAGAAGAAGUUCUGAUAUUAAAGUGCCGGUGUGUGUUCCAGCAACUGAAACCUGGGUUAGAUUUUAUAUUUGAUCUUGUUCAACUCCCUGUAUCUGAACAGGGAGCACUCAUGUUACAAAAUGUUCCCAUUCAGAGCGACCUCUCCUGUUGAGUCAUUGAAAUAUUUAACCAUCCAUUCUAAGUGCUGUCCAAUUGCUGCAAAAAACAUCAGUCAACAGAAAUCAUACAAAGUAAACGUUAACCUGAGUCUGAGUCAGAUGAUUACUUAAGCAGAAGGUGCAGAAAAGGCAUGACAGAAGACACUUCCUCAAUCUAACAGAGUUCUGUUGGCCUGGGAUCAGCCAUGCUUUUGAUAUAAGAUGAAAAAACUCCUUUCAGAAUUGCUAUGAAGAAACUGUGGGGUGAGUGGGAGCACCAGGCGAAAGUGGACGAUCUGCAAAACCAAAAGGCAGCAGUGGAAAACAACAAAAUCCUGAGUGUGAUGGAAGACCAAACUCUGCACUGGAAAGCGGUGCAUUUUGAUUGUUGAGAUCAUAGCUGCAAUUUUCUGGCACUAAUGCAGUUGGGUAUCUUCCCCUCUCCACUCACUAAAACAACUCAUAAGCAUCCAUAAUUCUGCAGUUUAAGUUUGCAGACACUAUAAAAGAAGUUGUGUCUGGGUGGGAGUCAAGCUGUCAGGAGAUUUACUCCUGGCCAUCAACUGGCUGCUGAUUUGGCUUUGGAUAGUUUUGCCCAUCCAUCUACCACUCUUUAUCUGGAAACCUGUCAUUUGCUAUCUGUCUACGGAACAGAGAAAGAGAGAGCUUCACUGAGCUGGCAAAGUGCUAUAUAAAUACACUGUGUUAUUUAAGAAGUUUUGAAUUAUGGACAUGUAUUCUGCAAUAAUGCUGGGGGCAGACUGGCUUGUGUAUUUUAAUCUGCCCACACAGCUCCUGUGCCCCCAUACCUCAUUGAUUCCAAAAAGGCUAACAAGGUGCUGUUGUCAUCCAGGAUGAAAUCUUCUGCUUCUUUUUGCCACCAUGCCCGCUUCCCCCAUGCCCUCUGUGGCAGUGCUUCUAUACAGCUUGAAGCUUCCCUUAACAAUGUUGUAAAGGGGAAUGUCUAAUGCCUGAGUUGCCUAUUUGAAAAUAAUGGCAUAAGACCAAACGGAACACAAAUAUAACGUUUAUCUUCUUCCAUGCUGUUCUUUACCCAGUUUGCACAGAUUUCACAAUGUGGUGCAAUUGCAAGUGGUAGUACUACUGAACUGCGCUGAAGGGACAUUAAAGCCAUGCAGUAGCUAACUAAAUAGACAUAUGGAAAAUACAUGUUAGGAUCAGUGUUCACUACUGGCACAGUACCAGAUCAAUAGUGUAUUCUGCUGUGGUAACUUCCACUUUCGUUUGUCAGUUCCUUCUCUCUGAUUUUACUCUCCUCUUUCUCUUUUUCAUAUCUUAUUUUCAGAAGCCUCAACCUUUCUGCAUAUACAGAAGAGAGAAUUUUCUGUUGUAAUCUUGGGCACUGUAACGUUGGCUUUCCUAGUCCUUUUGCAGGAACUGGUCUCAAAAGAAGAACAGCUAGAAUGUUGCAGAGGGACUGUUCAUCCCUGUCACACAACACCAUGUCAGGUUUAACAGCAUGAGCUUUGGAUCCCUCUGUCCAUCUCUUAUGAAGUCCAGCUAUGCUUGCUCUGAUAUAGCUCCAGUGUCUCCUGCAAGAAGUCAGUCAUUCGCAGGUAGUCUUGCUGGGCACCUUCACUACUUCAUGGCUUAAAGAACCUUUCCAUCUCAAGCGUUCAUCCUCCCAGGCUCCACAAAUCCAACGUGUCCCACCUUAGGAGGCCUGUUCUCCCAAAUGCUUACUAUUGUUGCAUCUCUUGCGGUUACUGAUAAACCAGACAGUACAUGAUUAACCUGCCAAAAUUAAUGUUUGCGUGUUGUUUUAACCCCAUGAGAUGCCAAGGCCUCUUUUUCUCAUACUUCUGCAAGCAACAUCUCUAAUUAUUUUGACUACUCACCCUGCCUAUCUUUUACCCAAAAGGACAGAUAAAACAAGUAAGCUAGGCUUUUUUCUUUUAGCUUUCUCAUCUUUGUGCUACUGCUUCAGUGCCAUUGCUGUGACUAACACCCUCAAGAAGUCGUUGGAAAUUUAGGUGCCAUCCAUCCUUACUUAUUUCAGUACAGGCCCAUGCAUCAGUGCCAAAACCACUGUUAGGAGGCUGCAGCUGGCAUCCAACAGAACUGAAUACAAGCCGUGGCAUCACCAUUAGUGUGACAGGGUUAUGCUUGCAUCUGUUUAAAGGAAGUUAUGGUCUGUAAAUAUUACGGCUUCAGUAGUUGUUGCUGCUGUUGUCAGGAGGGCCACUAAAACUGGCUAGAAGGCAGAGAGCACAGUCUCUUCGAGCUACUGCCUGCUAGAGCCUUCUCAUCCCAUAUUUUCGUCUCUUUUUCUUAGGCCUGCCUGGACAUGGUGGGGCUAGAAUAGCUCUACCAACAAUGAAAAGAGAAAGGAAGAAGCUUCAUUUGAAUUCCCUCAUCUUCCUCAGGAAAUUCACCUGUCAUUAACACCUCUAUUUUCACUUCUGUAGGUCCAACACUAAAUGAUGAUGAUAAGUGUAUCACUUGUUUUUCUGGACCACAGCUGACUUGCAUCAGAUGAUGACUAGGACUGAAAACUAAAAUGAUAGUGGUUUAUUUCUGUUAAAAGCAUGCAAAAAGCUUUUUAAAAGACACUUUCUAUUUCUAACCCAUUCUUGAAAAGAAGUAUUUUCUCAACAAUCAGCAAAAAGGACAGCUCAUUGGGGGAAAUGUACCCCAUUUGCUUGCUUACCAGUCCUGACAUUAAAGGUGAUAUCGCACAUGCAAUUUA